AGGCAAGUCUGGAAUUGACUUUUGGUAGGGACUCACGCAGGUGGCGCUUUAGCAUGCCCAAACACAACAUGGCAAAUAGUGUCAGACUCCGUGACGUAACUAAAAAUGUUCUUAAUUAACAGCGCCAUUGAUACGCUCAAUUGGAGCAGAAAAGGUGGACAAAAACAUAAGGAAAAAGCCAGGUUUGGUAACCAUCACAUACAUAAUCUUGUUUUGUAACAACGAAAAGUUACACUCUCUCUACCCAAUUAAUUAAAGGGGGUGAAGUCUAAGAUUCGAGACUGUAGAUUUCUUUCCAUUUUCCUGAGAAAAUGAGCAGUAACAGCCUCUCAUUUUACAGACACUUCAUGUAGAGAACAGAGAGCAUUGGGCUUGGGGGGUUUUGUUCUUUCUGCCCAAGCAAGAAUCUGCAUUUUUCAUGCGGAUUCAUCAUCUGGGUCGCCAUAAAAAUGCAAUCUUUAGAGAAGGGCAAUGCUGAUUUGGAAACGGGUGGCAAUGGCGGCGGGGGUGUCAGUGUCAGCUCAUGUUCCUCCAUCUCCGGCGGGGUGGAGCUCUGUAACAGCGAGAUUACCGGCGUCCCGGAGAAGAAGAGGAGAUCUUCGGCGGUGGAGGUGGAUCUGGAAGCUGGUGGGGAGCAAGAAAACGAGGUACAUUCGGAGAAACCUGAGAGGGAUUGUCGGAUAUGUCAUCUGAGCUUAGAUGCGGAGAAUCCAGAAUCUGGGUUGCCCAUGGAACUAGGUUGUUCUUGUAAGGAUGAUUUGGCGGCUGCUCACAAGCAUUGUGCUGAGGCUUGGUUCAAGAUAAGGGGAAACAAGACCUGCGAGAUCUGUGGAUCAGUUGCACACAAUGUGGUCGGGAUAAGUGAGGCCGAGGCGGCAGAGCAGUGGAUCGAAGGAAGCACUGCCGCGGUGACAACAGAAACAGCAGCAACGCCGCCAGCAGAGGCUCGCAACUUCUGGCAAGGUCACCGGUUUCUCAACUUCUUGCUAGCCUGCAUGGUUUUCGCCUUCGUCAUUUCGUGGCUCUUCCACUUCAAUGUGCCCUCAUGAGAAUAUCAUGGAAAUUAAGAGGAAAACAUUAUGGAUUGUGCAGAAACAAAACAUUCUUGCCAUUGUCAAACCACCAAGCUGCUGUUUAAUUAAGGCUUCUGCUGUUCCUAAAGGUUGUAAUAUGGUAACAUCAUUGAGGUUGUUUUCUUAAAUUAAAUAGAAAAAUUGUAGUUUGUUGUGAUUCUAUAAAUCCCCAAUGUGGUUCAUGUUUAACAACUGUUUCAUGAUCUGUGUUCUGCCAUUACAAAUGUAAUUCAAUUAGGGUUCCUUGUUUUAUAUGCAAUAUGCAAGGAUUUGCUAA